GGGAGAUUGUUUCUACGUUAGGUUGGUUUGCUGAAUUGAUUUCUCCUGCGAUGAUAAGAGAGAGAUUGAAACUCUUUUGAUCCUUCCUUCCAGAAUAAACGUAUAAUCCCCAAAAGAUUCUACUCUCAUUCGAUCGGAUUCAUUGCUUUCUCUUUUUUUUUUCGUUUUAAUUUGUCGAAAUCGAAAAAAUUGAACCAAAAAAAAAAGUGUUAACUUUCUGGGUUUAGUUUUUUGUCUCUUGUGUCGGCUGAUCGGAUUUCUAAUUCGAUCAAGUUAGGGCAACAAAACUCUGUGUCAGGGAACGUGUAGAGAAAGAGUAUUGUGUUAGGGUGUUGGUUUUAAAAUAGUGCUUCUAAUUUGGGGGAGAUUGCAAUGUUAGAAAGGGCUUAGGGUUUGGUAAGAAAAGAGGAAGAGAAUAAAUGGAGGAGGAGUCUGAGCUUGAAGAAGGAGAGGCUUGCUCUUACAAUACUGCUACUUCUACUAAUGAUGAUUUUGGUGAAACCAUCGACCCUGACAACGAUCUCUCUUACAUUGAUGACAAGCUUCAAAGCAUACUUGGACAUUUCAAGAGAGACUUCGAGGGCGAUUUUUCUGCUGAGAAUCUUGGGGCUAAAUUUGGUGGAUAUGGCUCUUUCUUGCCAACUUAUCAACGUUCCCCUCUUUGGUCUUAUCCAAAGACACCUGCUAAACCUCAGAGUUCUGCAGGGACUAGAUCUCCCAACAUCUUACUGGGGGAGUCCCAGAGUGGUAAUGCAGCUUCGUCUACUGUUCCUAAGAAGGCAACACCUGGCUUUGCGUCCUCUAGAGUCCCCAAAAAAUCAGUGAAAUCCAAGAAACCCAACUCCUGUUCCAGACAGGAGUCUGCAACCAAGAAACCUGGUGUCUUCAGUAAACAAAACUCUCUUAAGCUCCGGAUAAAGAUGGGAUCUAAAGAUAAUUUAUCUACAGAUAAUAAUGCUGCCGCAAUAUACAGUGGCCUCGGACUUGAUGUGUCGCCUUCUUUGUCAUCAGAUAAUAAUAAUAGUCUUUCAGGUAGUGAGGGGGUGAAGGGGGAACCUCGAGGUUGUUCUCCGUUGGAGUCUCCCACCAGCAUUCUUAAUGUAAUGACUUCCAUUCCCGUGGAUCAUUUUCAGUUGCUAUCUCCUCUCUCUGAUGAUCUGGUUCGAUUCAUCGAAAGGGGAAACCCCCAAAACGGAUAUAAGUAUACAUCUCCGUCUAUGCUUUUCACUGAGAGUUCUUCUGCUAUGGCCAAAGGUGUGGAAACUCAAAAAUCUGGGGAGAAACAAUCAGUAGAGAAGAGGAAAAAGAUGGUGGAGACAAUUCUCCGCAGUAAGAAGGGUGUGUUAGAUGGAAUUGAUGCCACCGUCAAGGAGCCGACGGAAACAAACACAUCAUAUCCGGAGGACAACGAAACAGGCAGUAGUAAAUUAUUUGAUGGGUUCAAGGAAAUCUACAAUGGCAGUGCCAAGGGGGAAAUGGUGGGUGGUGUGGACAGAGGAUUGUGGGAUAUAACUCGUCAUAAAGAUCCAAAGACUAGUUCAGCUGGAAGUGUUCGGGAAGAUAAAAAGACUAAUGAUGAUACUUCAGGAUACUCGAGGAAAGUUGGCAUAUACAAAGGCAGUAAAGCUCCUGAUUUAGUCAAAAAAGAAACAAGUGCGAAAAAGGUGAAAAGCGGUCAUAAGUUGGAGCCAGAUAACUCUUGGAGAAAGCAGAAGUCUGAUCAUAUAGAACAGGAGCCGCCGAAGUUUAAGGAACAUAAAAGUUCUAAGAUGAAUGGUCAAGCUGAGAAGAAGGAAGUGGCAGCCUUGAAACCAAGAAAUGAUGGCAGAAAAACUGAAGACACUUACAAAGACUUUUUUGGAGAUAUGGAGGAUUUUGAAGAAGAAGAAGAGAAUAAUAAUUAUUAUUCGUUGGAUGUAACCGAGAAGGGACUUCCGGCCUUGGAAGAUAUGCCUGAAAAGUCGAGCUUCACACGGGUAGAAUCUCAAAACGUUGGUUCUGGACCGGUAAUAAGCAAACUUGGUUCGGAUCCUUCCCUUGUGAAAGCAAAUCCCGUGAUCAUACAAGACAAUUGGGUUGGUUGUGACAAAUGUGGAAAGUGGCGGCUUCUUCCUUACGGUGUCUUAGUAGAAGACCUUCCUAAGAAAUGGAUGUGCUCAAUGCUUAAUUGGCUGCCUGAUCUGAACUAUUGCAAUGUUCCUGAAGAAGAAACAACGAAAGCUCUGUAUGCGUUGUAUCAGAUUCCUGCACCUGACAGCCAAGCUCCAAUGCAGAGUAAUCCCAGUGGCGAUGACAACACAAAAAAGAAGAAAAAGGGUUUAAGAAAGGUAGACAAUGGAAUGGAUAAAGAAGUUUCUAGAACUGCUGACACUAACAAGAAGACCAUCCUAACAUCUGCAAGAAAUGGAAACGUGCACAAUUCGCAUGGUGAUAGUGACCUGGUCGACGAAGAAAGGCAGAAACACAAACAGAAAGUGAAAGGAAAAGCAGUGGAUCAAUUUUCUGAUGAGUCAAGGAGGUUGAAGGUGAAUAACAAAAGGAAGACAGAUGAAGAGAGCUCAAUGCUGGCCAAGAAAAUGAAGAUUGAAAGUUUUCUGUUUCCUGAUGAAUCCAAUGUGCGUCCUACCUCGAGUAGUGGUGUCCCUGCUGCGUCAGCAGAGAGAAAUUCCAAGCCUCGAAUCACCUCUAAAAUGCCAAAAGAGGAAGGAGGAGGAGCUUCAGACACGGGAAAUAGCACAGGGGGCAGUAAAAAGAGAAAACUGAAAGAAAGCCUUGGUUCUCGUCUGUAUGGUGAGGAAGAAAACCAUGAGGGGAAGAAAGCUCGAGUAGUUAAAGAAGAAAAAGAGCCAAGUUUCUCUCACGGAAAUGAGAAGACGGAAAAGAAAAACAGAAGUCAUUCAAGAAGGGAGUACGGACAUGUUGCGACCACGUCUAGUUCUUCUAAGAUUUCCGAUUCUCAUAAACCAAGACACAGCUCCCACGAAGCUAAAUGUUCGCCUGUUGGGUCGGUGUCGUCCUCACCUAUGAGGAUUUCCAACCCGGAGAAGAGUGUACCUGCGAGAAAGAAGAAAAUAGAUACUAACGUAUUCGCCGCAGGUAAUGAUGAAGGUGAAGAUGAUGGUGGGAGUGAUAGAUCGCAAACGCGGACAAAAGACAAACAUGGAUCAAAUGAAUCUUCUGUGCUUGAUGUUUGGGAUGAUAAAGGAUCGUUGAAAGCCAAAGAGCGUACUGAGCCUAGCGAUCAUCAUCGUCAUAGCAAUGAUUCUUUGGGGAAGAAGUCAUCGGGGAAAGGUCUAUCAUCUCGGUCCAAAGACAAGAGCAUUAUGCCUGAUUCACGGGAUGGUCCGAAACAAAUUGAUAAGAAGAUAUACCAUGAUAGUCCUGAAAGUAGAGUAGAUGUGGUAGUGAGACCUAACAUUCCAAAACCUUAUGACGGUGAAAGAAUAUCAGAAAGGAGUAGUAAUAAAGCAGAUUUGGCUUCUCCAUCACGGCCACCAUCUAGAGGUGUCCAAGGGGAUUCCUCUAUAGUGUCUGCCCGUAAGAAAGUCGAUGACACUUCAGCUGAUACAAAGACAACAACCCAAAUAAGAAGGAAAAACGAGCCUUCUCCGAGCCCCUUGCGAAAGGAAGUAACAUCUGUGCAAGCUGCCCAUAAUAUUUUAAAAGAAGCUAAAGACUUAAAACACACGGCUGAUCGCCUCAAGGACUCUGUCUCAAACCUUGAGUUCAUUGAGUUCUACUUCCAGGCUUGCCUCAAGUUUCUUCAUGGUGCUUUUGUUAUGGAAAUGAGCAGCAACGAGAGUGCUAGACAUGGAGACACGAUGGCCCAGUCUGUGCAUAUCUAUCUUAGCACAGCGAAUCUAUGCGGAUUUUGUGCUCAAGAGUAUGAGAUGUCUAAAGAUAUGGGAGCUGCUGCGCUGGCUUAUAAAUGCAUGGAAGCCGCGUAUAUGAGGGUGGUCAAUUCCUCUUACCCGAAUGCUAAUAGAUAUCGAAAUGAAUUGCAGACUUCUUUGCAAAUGGUUCCUCCAGGUGAGUCUCCUUCGUCUUCUGCCUCGGACGUUGAUAACGUGAACCAUCCAGCAGGAGCAGAUAAAGUUGGAAACUCAAGGGGUAUCAGCUCUCCUUUAGUUGCUGGGAAUCAUCAAGUCAUUACUGCGCAAAACCGCUUUAGUAUUUUACGUCUACUUCAGUUUGCUCAGAACGUAAAUCUGGGAAUGGAUGCCUCGAGGAAAUCACGCGUGGCAUUGGCAGCUUCUAUUGAAAACUUGGGGGAGGCCCAGCAACAAGGAGAGGGAAUUCUAUCCAUUAAAAGCGCCCUUGAUUAUAACUUCCAAGACUUGGAGGGGUUGCUACGUUUAGUGAAGCUUGCUAUGAAAGCCAAUAACCGGUGAAAAACAGCUAACACCAAGAAACUUAUUUGCAAAAGUCUGAGAAGAAGAGGCAAAACACUGAAUCCUCUGUUGCCUUGCGACUCCACGUGCGUUUUCAGCAUUUGCUUUGGAUCUCAUAAUCAUUUGUACAAAAAUCCAAGAAGGGGCUCGCUGAGAGUCUGCUAUGAGAGGUUUCUGAUAAACCAAGGAAUGAACGUGACAUUUUAACUCCUUCAGAUACUUCCUUUCCAACUAAAUAUCCAGUAACAAUGUAUGGAUUAUAUAUAGAGAGCAACCAAGAUGUAACUUGUGGUACUUGAUUCUCCUUCACAAGACAGAGAAAGCUGUUACCCCAGUAUCAGAUUGUUAGGAAGUAAUAAGAUUACAAGAGUUUGGAGUAGUAGUAGCUUUUCGUGUAGUGGUGAUAGUCUUUUUCAGUUGUUAGGAGGUAUGAGCCUUAUAUUUACUAAAAAACGUAAGUCUGAUGUCCAUUUGUUUCUCUUGGCAGUGUUUAGUCCUAUUUCCUUUGUAGAUAAAGAAAGUAAAAGUUACAAAUAGAGUUCUGCCGUCUUACUGCUCUGCCGAAGGAGCUUGGGGUUACCGAUGACUUUCCGAUGUGAUUUUCCUGGCACAAGUUUUGAAACAGACUUUGGUUCCUCUGCUCUUUGUAGCUUAAACCAAUAUGUUAGUUUUUUUAAACUGAAAAUUCUCAACUCAAUGAGAGUCUUACGCUUAUGUAUGCCUUCUCUGGUUGGUUGUAAUGGCCUUAAUAUAUAAACUGUACAUUGUUCAUCAAAGAUGACAGAAAAUAUCUUUUUAUAGAAAAACAUAAUUUUAC